AUGGUCUCAUCUACAGAUGAGGUCCUGGAAACAAAUGCAGGAAGCGACAAGGCUUUGAAUCCGAUCGAUGACGUGCAAACAGAUUUUUCAAAAAUACUUCAAGAUUUCAGAAUUAAUUUCGGUGGAAAUGAUCUUAAAAGCGUGGUGGCUGGAUUUAAACAUGUAUGCUAUGAGAAUAUUUUGAGGAUUGAAAGUGAUGAUACAGUAAAAAUAGAUGAUUCUGCACUCGAAAAUUGGGUCUUGGAAGCUAGAUUGUGGACGCUAUUAGAAUCGCUAUUGGACGUCAAAUUUAUGAAAGACUUAUCAAAUAAAGAACAAGUUGGAAUGUCAAAUAAAGGAAUGCUAUCUACGUACACAUCAAACACAGUUCUUUUGGAUAGAAUAUUAGAGGAGAAGAGUGAUCUUUUUGAAUUGUUUACUAUAUACAAGGCACUACUAGAGAGCAGCAACUUGGACAUUAAAACCUAUCCGGACACUAAUAUUGACAACAUACAGGCUUCAAAGUGGUUGAAUUCAAAGUUGGAAAUACAGUCAGGUAGAGGCUCCAAGCAAUCUAUCUGCGAGCUUGAUGCUGACGCUGCGACUAGAUCUGGUAAGAAAUUGUCACCAAAGGAUAUUGAAAUGGAUGAAGCUUUUUUUAGCAGAGCUUUUAGAUUGUUGCUAUGUGGUGAUUUAGAAAACCUAACAAAACUUAGCAGAGAGACGGGAAACCAGAAUUUUGCAUUGAUAGGGUGCGGACUACGUGAAUAUGUCAAUCCUGCUGUUGAUCUUAUUGAUACUUCGUCGAAGCCAAUGGGGAUUAAACACAAGCUUCUUUGGAGACGCACAGUUUAUAAUUUAAUUAAAAGCAGUCACUCCAAGGCUGAACGGGCUUGCUAUGGUUAUUUGUGUGGUGACUUUGAAUCCUCGUCUGCAUUGGUACAUUCUUGGGAUGACAAACUUCUUGUUUAUUUGAACAAUCUUCUCCAAAGUCGGUUAGACGAUGAGCUAAUCAAAUCAUAUCAAAUCCUUUCAAAAACGUCCGAGAUUAAUAUAUGCUCUUCAUUAUCAGUACCACCGAUGGUUGCAACAAGUAUUAAGGAUGCAUUGAAUAAACUUGCGCAGGAUUCGGAUGAAAGCACGAGGACCGAAAGUCAACAUCCAAUCAGAGUUAUUAUAGGUUCCAUUUUAUCAGAUAAUGUACCAAAGCUAAUGCAAAGUACAAUCCAGCAUUUAGGCGAAUUAUCAAGCUCCAAAGAUGUGCAAAAUAACGAUAUAGCUAAGGUUCCACAUCUUCUCAGAAUAUUGACACAUUUAGCAAUAAUUUUACAGCUGAUUUAUGGCGAAAAGGUUGUUUCAAACUUCAAAUACUCUGAAAUCAUAAGGUCGUAUAUUAUACUUUUGGUUUCUCAGAAAAGAUAUGAUCAAAUUCCACUUUAUAUUUCGUUCAUACCGAAUGAUGAGAUAUUGAUAGAUACAUAUUCGAACAUUCUUUCGUCAUUGGAUCUGGCGGCUAAUCAAAGAGAAUUACAAAUCCGUCUUAUGGAACAGUUAUAUCUUCCAAAAGAAGCUAUUUUACGUGCUACAGUGACAAAGUGCUUUGAGCAAACGGAGAAAAAUUAUCCGGUGGAUCAAGAAGUGACAUUGAAUACGGAAGUUACGCACUUGGAUAAAAAAUUCUAUCACUGUAUAUAUUGGUUCUAUGACUCAGGCAUGUCAACUGAUUGUUUAGAAGCUGUUGUGAUGCUCAUGCGAAGAUUCCUUACGUGCGGAAAGCUACAAGCAGCGGUUGAAUUUAUGAAUACUAUAGCAUUGCCAAGUGUAAUACAGCAUUAUAAGAGGAAAGUGACCAUCGUUAAAGAGGAUGAUACAUCAAUGAAACAGUAUCUUAUUCCUAAAUCAAAGUUGAGUGAAUUGGUUCAAUACCAACAUUUAAUAACAGCCUUUGGAACUCUAGAUUCCUUUGAGGUUGGUAUAAAUUUGGAGGGAAAUGCAGAUGAUUUGAAAAAAGUAGUGAAAAUGGCGGCAGUCUUGGAUGAAUUACUCAAAACUUGGAUGUUUGAUCUUAGUAUGGAUGAUACUUUGCCCCAAGAGGAUCACGAGAUGUAUUUGAAGUACAGAAGCUUGAGUCAAGACAUGCUAUACGAUCAGGCAAUCAAUAUGAUUAACAUAUUGGCGGAUGAGAAUUAUAAGUUUUAUGAGUUGUUGAAUUCAGCGAACCAGCUUAAACCAUUUCUACAGAGGUUUUCGGAGGUUAGCAGUAUGCUUUACGGAGAACGGAAGCAAGGUAUAUACCAUUAG